GAUAACCUGGAUUAAGGAAAUCCGUUUGGAUAUUUCUGUUUUGUUCCACGUAUUUAACAAAAGCCAGGUAUUGCUUAUUGGGCACCCUUUCCUUCAAAAAAAACUGAGGAAAUCUCUGCGCGACUAAUCGAUAGAGCUAUACGCGGCAAAUUAAAUUUCACGGGGAUAAAUAUGUAGAUUUUAAAAUUGAUACCCUCUUUUUUUGUCGAUUUAUGACGUCAUUUUGUUUUGUUUUAAUUGUUUUAUUUUUAGUUAAAAAUGCCUUCACAUCGCUCUGAAGAACGUGAACGAGAUCGUGACCGAGAACGAAACCGCGACAGAGACCGCGAUAGGGACCGUGAUCGAGACCGUGACCGUAAAUCUACUCGAAAGCGUUCUAGAUCGAGAGAUCGUGAUGAAAGCUCUGAACGGAAACAUAAGCGUUCUCGUCAUCGAGAUCGUGACAGGGAGAAGGACAGGAGCUCUUCACCUCGUGAUCGUCAUUCGUCUACUAAAACGCGUGAGGAAUCUUCUAAAAAACAUAAAUCUUCAAAGCAUUCAAAUCCCAACCCUUCUUUAACCGGCGAGGAAGAUGAGGAAAUGAUGAGUGUUAUGGGCUUUGGUGGAUUCAGCACUACAAAGAAUAAGCAUGUUGAUGGAAAUGCUGAAGGAGAAUCAAAGAUUAAUCGGCCGCGUAGAUAUCGCCAAUAUAUGAAUAGACGUGGAGGAUUUAAUCGACCGCUUGAUUAUGUUGCUUAAAUGCUGAUGUUUAAAUACGAGCUCAAUUUUUGUUUGUGAAUAUUUAUUUGGAUAUUUUAUUCUUUUUUUUUGUAAUUGUGUGUUAAACUUGAUCUCUAUUUUUUCUCGUUUUAUG